AUGAUUCUGUUUAAGCUCAGAAACUGUUAUGAACAAUUACAGGUGUGGCAAGUUCGUACAUCUUUUGAUCAGAAACCAUAUCGAAGAUUGAUGAUGCAAACUUGGGGUGCAAAAGUACACCCAUCUCCAUCUGCAGUCACCGAGGCAGGGCAAAGAAUCCUUGAAAAGGAUCCAUCAAGCCCUGGAAGUUUAGGAAUAGCAAUAUCAGAAGCUGUAGAGGUUGCAGCUAAAAAUGCCGAUACCAAGUACUGUCUGGGAAGUGUGCUCAAUCAUGUUUUACUACACCAAACUGUUAUUGGAGAAGAAUGCCUUCAACAAAUGGAAGCUAUUGGAGAAACCCCCGAUGUCAUCAUAGGAUGUACUGGUGGUGGCUCCAACUUUGCUGGGCUUAGUUUUCCGUUCAUUCGAGAGAAACUCAAUGAGAAAAUUAACCCUAUUAUAAGAGCAGUUGAACCUGCAGCUUGUCCUUCUUUAACAAAAGGAGUAUAUGCAUAUGAUUAUGGAGAUACAGCAGGGAUGACUCCGUUGAUGAAAAUGCACACACUUGGACAUGACUUUGUUCCUGAUCCAAUUCAUGCCGGGGGUUUGCGCUACCAUGGAAUGGCUCCAUUGCUGUCGCAUAUUUAUGAGUUGGGAUUUGUGGAAGCAAUUGCAAUUCCACAGACUGAGUGCUUUCAUGGUGCAAUACAGUUUGCCAGGUCUGAAGGGUUGAUACCAGCUCCUGAACCUACUCAUGCUAUCGCGGCAACUAUUAGGGAAUCUCUUCGCUGUAGAGAGACUGGAGAGGCCAAGGUCAUUCUGACAGCAAUGUGUGGACAUGGCCAUUUUGACCUGUCAGCUAAUGAGAAGUAUUUGCAAGGUGAUAUGGUUGACCUCUCAUUUUCACAGCAGAGAGUUCAGGCUUCGCUGGGCAAUAUUCCUCAUCUGAUUGCCUGAAUAAUUGAAUGAGUAAAACUAUAGAAGACACUUGGGAACUAGGAAAAGGCAUGUUUGUCUUCCUCUUUUAAAUCAUAAUUUUUGUCAACACUUGUCGGCAUUUUCGUGUUAUUCAGCGAUCCUUCAGGUUCCAUGAGAAAGUUUUUUAAACUUUUCAUCUGAAAACCAUAGAUCACGGAGUUGUAGCCCUAGUAUUAACUAUGUAUGUGCCAUACUGGAAGAGUAUUAAUAAUGUUACUUGGAACUUCUGGUGAAUAA